AUGCACGGGCCCCGGCGCCUCGCUCGCGUCAGAGUUGGAGCUGGCCGACUUGCUCGCCUCUCAGCUAGAGGCGUAGCAACGUCUCGCAGCGCUCCUGUUGCUGCCUCUAUCUCGCCAUCAUCAUCCUCUAGACGAUGCAUAUAUUCUGCUCCUCUUCGCUUCGCCGCCGGCGCUCCUUCAUCCUCUCGCUCCUUCCACUCUUCGAGAGCAGCACACGUCGACGUAGCAGCAGAAGCGGCCGCGGCUGCUCCUCCUCCGGUGGAGUUGAGCCAAGCGGAUCUGACUCGUCUCGCUAGGCAACGCAACAUCGGCAUCGCAGCUCACGUUGACUCAGGAAAGACGACUUUGACGGAGCGAGUCCUCUUUUACACAGGCCGUAUCAAAGACAUUCACGAGGUCCGCGGUAGAGAUGCCGUGGGAGCAAAGAUGGACCAUAUGGAGCUGGAGAGAGAAAAGGGAAUUACCAUCCAGUCCGCAGCUACAUACGCACAUUAUCGUGCCACUCCGCCGACGGAGACACGGGCUGUGAGUGGCGACGCAGCUUUGAUGGACACAAAAGGCGAAGCUCCCAAGGAGGACUUUCACCUCAACAUCAUCGACACACCCGGUCACGUUGACUUCACAAUCGAAGUAGAGCGAGCGUUGCGUGUCCUCGAUGGAGCUGUAUUGGUGCUCUGCGCCACCUCCGGUGUUCAGUCACAGUCCAUCACCGUCGAUCGACAAAUGCGCCGCUAUCGUGUCCCCCGCAUUUCUUUCAUCAACAAGAUGGACAGGCAGGGCGCAGACCCCUGGCGUGUUAUCGGACAGAUCCGACAGAAGCUCCGUAUGCCGGCCGCAGCUGUGCAGAUCCCUAUUGGAGCCGAGGACGAAUUCAGUGGAGUAGUCGACAUUGUGAGGUGGAAGACGGUAUACAACGAAGGAGAGAAGGGAAUCGUCGUACGAGAGGAGGACGGCGUACCUGCCGAACUGGAGGAGUUUGCCAAGGCAAAGAGGCAGGAACUGAUUGAGCAGCUCAGCGAGGUGGAUGAGACUAUGGCGGACAUCUUCCUUGAGGAGCGAGAGCCUACGCUCGAGGAGUUGGCAACUGCCAUUAGGCGAGCGACGCUCACGUGCAGCUUCUCGCCUGUCUUCAUGGGCUCGGCCAUCAAGAACAAGGGCGUGCAGGCCAUGCUUGACGGUGUAUGCGCGUACCUGCCUGACCCUUCGCAGGUGCCCGUCACGGCGAUGGACAUGAGCAAGGAGGCCAUUGAAAAGGCAAAGGCAGCCGCUGCUGAGGCUGCAGAGGCCGCAGCGGGUACUGCAUCCGCCGAGGCAGUUGUCACCGGCACGCCCGCCACCCAACCCCUCAUCAGCCUCGCCCCCGCCUCCUCUGCUCCCUUUGUCGGCCUCGCCUUCAAGCUUGAAGAAGGUCGUUACGGACAACUAACCUACGUGCGUGUCUACCAAGGGACGCUCAAGCGGGGCACAACAAUCUUCAAUGCCCGUACAGGCAAGAAGGUCAAGGUGCCUCGCCUGGUGCGAAUGCACUCAAACGACAUGGAGGACGUGGACGAGCUUGGCGCUGGAGAGAUUUGCGCCAUGUUUGGCGUCGAAUGCUCAUCGGGCGAUACCUUCACGGACGGUCAGACGUCCCUCAGUAUGACGAGCAUGUUCGUCCCGGACCCGGUCAUCUCGCUCGCCCUCACUCCCGAGGGAGGCGAAGGAGGCAAGGGAGCGGGAGGUGCCAUCUCGCAGAACUUUUCGCGUGCGCUCAACAGGUUCCAGAAGGAGGACCCGACCUUCCGCGUGCACGUUGACUCCGAGUCUGGCGAGACGAUUAUUAGCGGUAUGGGCGAGCUUCAUCUCGAGAUCUACGUCGAGAGGAUGAAGCGCGAGUACAAUGUGCCGUGCAAGACUGGCAAGCCUAGAGUCGCCUUCAGGGAGACGAUUGGCGCGCGCGUACCUUUCAACUACACACACAAGAAGCAGACUGGUGGUGCUGGUCAAUUCGGACGUGUGGUUGGGUACAUUGAACCAAUGGAGCGCGACGAGGAGACGGGCAAGGAUGUGGCUUUCGAGAACAGGGUGACGGGUGGAAACAUUCCCUCGGGCUACUUCGCUGCAUGUGAGAAGGGCUUCUACGAGGCGCUGGAGAAGGGUGCACUUACUGGGCAUCCGAUUCAAGGGAUUCGCUACGUCCUAGAGGACGGAGCAGCUCACUCGGUCGACUCGUCCGAGUUGGCCUUUAAGCUGGCUGUCAUGGGCUCCAUCCGAGACGUGUACCGCAAAGCGCAGCCUAUCGUCCUGGAGCCCAAGAUGAAGGUCGAGAUUACCAGCCCGGCACAAUGGCAGGGUGCCGUCGUGGGCUCUAUCAAUCAGCGUCAGGGACUGGUGGAGGACUCGGAGACUCGGGCAGACGACUUCAGCUUGACGGCAGAGGUGUCGCUGAACAACAUGUUCGGAUACUCGAGCUUGUUGAGAGGGCUGACCCAGGGCACGGGAGAGUUCAGCAUGGAGUACAGGAACCACUCGCCCGUGGUGCCGGGGGUUCAGAAGGAUAUGGAGGCAGAGUAUGCCAAGAUUCAGGCGAAGAAGAAUUAA